AUGACCAUUGAAAAGUGUGUAGCUUACUGCAAAGGAAACGACUACCGUUACGCUGGGAUAGAGUACUAUGGAAAGUGUUCUUGUGGAGCCUCCGUUAAUGGGUAUCAGGUUGCCGAGUCUCAAUGUAGCUUCAAGUGCACCGGUAAUUCUAGCGAGGUUUGUGGAGGGGAUAACACAUUAUCUAUUUACCAGGAUCCCACCUUUCCAGUUGUCGACAAUUCGAUUAUCACGGAUUAUAAUGAUAUCGGUUGUUACACUGAGGGGAGUAACGGACGCUCACUGGCGUGGAGGCAAGAUCAAGUUGCUGAAGCUACAUUGACCACUGAAAAGUGCCUCACUGCCUGCAAGCUUGGAGGUUUUCCUAUUGCCGGUCUUGAGUAUGGUCGAGAGUGUUACUGUGGCGUCGUUCUGGGCAAUGGAACGGUUGCCGCCCCAUCGACGGACUGCGAUCUGGCAUGCUUGGGAGAUCAAACUGAAAAAUGUGGUGGAAGAAGCAGGUUGAACCUGUUUGUUGCCCACGAUCUAGAGUCUCAGGAACCCUGCAAGGACACCCCAAGCUCAUCUAGUACUGUUGUUUCGUCAACCACGACGUCCUCAUCAUCGUCCACUACCAGCUUUGAGACAACGACUACUAGCUCGUCCACGAGUGAAACAACUACUACCUCGAGCUCUUUAUCCAGCAGCACAUCUGCGAGCUCAACGGAAACAACGUCGUCAAGUAGCACCUCUUCUACUGAAUCAUCGACAACUAGCUCGGUUCCCGACACUUCUUCGUCUGCGAGCUCUUCAAGCACAUCAACUAGUGACACUAUCACUACCAGCACGUCGAGCUCCAUCUCAAGCUCUUCCUCCAGUAGUACAUUCACAAGCUCAACGGUGACAACAUCGUCUAGCAGCAGUUCUUCUCUUACGACCUCAAGCUCGAGCUCAUCUGUUCCCCCAAGUACUUCCUCUACCUCUAAGCCCCCGUCUUCGACGACAUCAUCCACUUCGAAACCGACGACGUCAACAAUCUCAACAACUUCUAAGCCAAUCAGUACAUCAUCAACGAAGACAACUGCAUCACUUUGUACUAAAACAACAACGAUAAUUCCAACACCGACUUGUGAAUACAAAUGCGGCUCUUGGUGUUCCAACCCCCUCCCACCUUGGAGCGACCAACCCGGUUGUUGGCAAUCACACUCCAACUGCGCGGUCCAAAUCGCAUCUUGUUUCAUUGAAGCUGGCUGGCCUGAAAGUCUUAAAUGCUUUGAGUUCGCCAACUGGUGCCAAUCCGUUUCCUCUCACUGCAACAAUUACUGCCCUGGUAACCGCUGUUCUAAAUCUAGCUGUACAUCUCAAUACCCGCCAACGGGACCCACGUUGCCCACUCCGAGCGUCUCAACUUCCGUCUACACUUGUGCCGUGAGCAGUACCAAAACGACUUCUAAAACCACCAUUACCACAAGCAAGGUCACCAGUACCAGCAAAUGCGUGCCACUGCCGACACAGACCAAUAUCUGUACACAACCACAUAAUCCUUACAAUGGCUACUCCUCAACUUCUCCUGUUGGAAACAUUGCACUCCCUUGCUUUACUUGCAACAAUGCUUACAAUGAAUACAGCUCUGGGAAGUGUUUCAAACUCUACACUUCACCAGACAGUUCGAACUGUCCAAGCUAUCCACGUGGAGGACCAUCGGGGCCUUCGCAAGCUUGCAAGGACGCCUGUGAUUAUCAGUACAACAUAUGCAUGGGAACUUAUGCUACCGGAUGCAAGAAUAGAAGCGGCCCUCAAUUUACGGAUUCUUAUACUGUCGCCAGUAACAAAUGCGCAAAUCAAAGAGCAGACUGCUACAAAGCAAAUGCUAACGUGAACCCUCCUAGCUCUAGAUGUGGCAGUUGGAAUACUGGCUGGUACUAG